ACAUGGUCGCUUUUGUUUAAUUUUUCUUCCCUAUUGACAUUUAUUAAAUAUUUUGUCGGAUUAUAAUGUAACAUUUGGUGGUCGAGGAAGCCGAUUAUUUUACAACAUUAAAUAAUACAACAAAUUGGCAAAUGUGGUUUUUAUAAAUUCCCUUUAGUAAGUAAUAGGGAAAGGGACUUCCGCUUACAACUUCCAGCAUUGCAACGAAAGCUAUAUUCUCUAUAUAGAAAAUUUCUGGCAUCGGGGAAAGAAAAUAAAAAAGCGAUUUCUUUAAUAAAAUUCCAAUCAAAUGGGAGUCCUGGAAAAAAUCUUGCACAUACGGAACGUUUCCCCCGCCAUAAUCAAUUCCAAUUGUAUUUUAAGGAGGACAAUCAAAAAGCCUGCAUCGCAAACCAGACUUGCCGAAGUGGGACGCUUGGAGCCAACAAAAUUAGACAGUAAAUAUGAAACUGGUCAAUUGUUCCUGCAUCGUAUCUUCGGCUAUCGCGGCGUAGUAUUGUUUCCGUGGACUGCAAGGGUCUAUGAUCGAGAUGUCCACAGUACAAACAAGCCAAAGUCUGUGGCUCCACAAACAACUUCAUCUAAUUCAGGUACUAGCAGCGGUGCGACGAAAGGAAAACCAUCCUCCACUGAAUCUUCAAAUAAUUUGGGAUCUACAACUACGGUAAAGGGUUCACUUGAGGAUGCUCAGGCUCCAGCAAAAUCCCCUUCAGCAGACAAUUCGAAUACGAAAAACGCUAGUUCGUCAAGUGGAGGAGAAGCAGGCGAAUCAAAUACCAAAGAAGUUAAGGGAAAAGUCCACACGUUUUAUCAAGUUCUAAUAGAUUCAAGGGAUUGCCCGUAUAUUCGCGCCCAAACAGAAGCUGUUACCUUUUUGGGUAAUCAAGAUUCAAAUCGAAGUCUUUAUGCAAUUCCCGGUUUGGAUUAUGUAUCUCAUGACGACAUCAUGCCCUAUUCAACGGGAGAGAAGAUGCCUUUGCAACAUGAACUAUUUGAAAAAUUCCUAUCGUAUUCCGCUGAUAGGGACCCACCCUUCGAAGCAAAAGAUACAUUGAAAACGUGGCAGGAAAAAAAUCAUCAGUGGCUGGAAUUAAGUGAUGUUCAUAAGGAGACCACGGAAAAUAUACGUGUAACUGUGAUACCAUUCUACAUGGGCUGUCGAGAGACUCCAGCCUCUUCUGUAUAUUGGUGGCGGUACUCCAUACGCUUGGAAAACCUGGGAUCCCUUACAGUUCAAUUGCGAGAACGACACUGGCGUAUAUUUUCACUCUCAGGAACUUUGGAGACAGUACGUGGGCGCGGAGUUGUUGGCCAAGAGCCCAUAUUAAGCCCCCGAUUGCCGGCUUUUCAGUACAGCAGUCACGUCAGUCUCCAAGCACCUAGCGGCCAUAUGUGGGGAACUUUCCGUUUGGAGCGCGAGGAUGGUCACAUGUUUGACUGUAAAAUUCCCCCAUUCUCCCUGGAAAGUAAACCUGAGGAAACCUCCUCCCCUGGCCAAACGAAAAAUACAGACGAAUAGUUUUAUAUGAGACAAGUAGUUAUAUGGGCUUAACGUAUAUUUUUUGAUAAAGGCGGUAAAUUCAGUGUAGAGGAGAUAUUGACAAUGCUUUAAUAAAUAUGUAGCAUAAUUUAUGAACUCAACACAAUAAGUAGGUAAUGAUAAUUUUAAAAUUGUAAAUUAAUAAAAAUUAACGUUUAAACAUA